CGGCCUGGAGCCCGGCGCCGACAUGCACCUGCGGAUGAGCAAGAAGAUCGCGCAGCUCACCAAGGUAAUAUAUGCUUUGAACACUAAAAAUGAUGAGCAUGAAUCUGCAAUUCAAGCCCUCAAAGAUGCGCAUGAAGAAGAAAUCCAACAAAUUCUUGCAGAAACAAGAGAAAAAAUACUGCAGUAUAAAAGUAAAGUAACAGAGGAGCUAGACCUGAAGAGGAAGAUCCAAGUUUUAGAAGCGUCCUUGGAAGAUCACAUAAAAAUGAAGCAGCAGGCUUUGACAGAAUUUGAAGCCUACAAGCACAGAGUCGAGGACAUGCAGCUUUGCGCAGAAGCCCAGCACAUCCAGCGCGUAGUCACCAUGUCCAGAGAGGUUGAGGAGAUCAGAAGGAAAUUCGAAGAAAGAUUACGGAGCUUUGGACAGCUCCAGGCGCAGUUUGAGAAAGACAAACGGUUGGCUCUGGAAGAUCUGCGGACUGCUCACCGCCGGGAGAUGCAGGAGCUGUUGAAAUCGCAGCAGGAUCACAGUGCCUCCAUGAGCAAAGGGCAGGAGAAGGCAGAGGAGCUGCACAGGAGGGAGGUGGAGGCCUUAAGCAGAAGCCUGGAGGAGCUCAGACUUGAAAAGAAAAAGCUCAUCGAGGAGUAUGAAGGCAAGUUGAAUAAAGCGCAGUGCUUUUAUGAGCGUGAGCUUGAUACUUUGAAAAGGUCACAGCUUUUUACAGCAGAAAGCCUGCAGGCUAGCAAAGAAAAGGAAGCUGAUCUUCGAAAAGAAUUUCAGGGACAGGAAGCAAUUUUACGAAAAACCAUAGGAAAAUUAAAGACAGAGUUACAGAUGGUCCAGGAUGAAGCCAGCAGCCUUCUUGACAAAUGCCAGCGGCUUCAGACAGCACUUGCCACGGCAGAGAGCAAUGCCCAGGUUCUUCAAAAACAGCUUGAUGAUGCCAAAGAGGGAGAGAUGGCCUUAUUAAGCAAGCACAAAGAAGUGGAAAGUGAGCUAGCAGCGGCCAGAGAACGUUUACAACAGCAAGCAUCAGACCUAGUCCUCAAAGCUAGUCAUAUUGGAAUGCUUCAAGCAACUCAAAUGACCCAGGAGGUUACAAUUAAAGAUUUAGAAUCAGAAAAAUCAAGGGCCCAUGAGAGAUUAUCUCAGCUUGAAGAGGAAAGAGCUUUCUUGCAAAGCAGAACUCAAAGUCUGGAUGACGAGCAGAAGCAGCAGAUUCUGGAACUGGAGAAGAAAGUAAAUGAAGCAAAGAGAACUCAGCAAGAACAUUAUGAGACGGAGCUUAAAACCCUGCAGAGCAGGUUGGAAGGGGAGGUGGCUCGAUUACAUGAAGCCCACGCUAAGGCUCUGGAGGAGUUAGCCCGGAAGCACCACGUGGAAGUGGAGGCCGUGCACAGCAGCGCGGCUCGAGACAGGAGGACGCUGCAAGUGGAAUUGGAGGAACAGUAUAAAAAGGAGAAACUGGCCCUGGAAGAGGAUAAGAAUCAGCUUCAGCGGGAGCUGGAAGACCUGAAGGAAGAGCUGGAAGCCAAGCUGAGCACGGCCGCUCAAGAGGUUGGCCGCCUCCAGGACCUGGUGCGGAAGAGGGAGCAGGGCCUGGGCUCAGCCGAGGGCCUCAUCUCCGGUCUCCAGGACUCCCAGGAGAGGCUGCAGAGCGAGCUCAGCGCCGCCCAAGGCAGGCUCAGGGAGACCAGGGAGGCGCUGUUGAGUGUGGAGGCUGAGCUGGAACGAGAGCGGCACCAGCACGAAGAGACACUUGCUGCCAUGAAGGAAGAGGAGAAGCUCAGAGUGGACAGAAUGGCCCACGACUUAGAGAUAAAGUGGACUGAGAAUCUGAGACAGGAGUGCUGUAAACUCCGAGAAGAGUUACGGCUUCAGCAUGAAGAGGAUAAGAAGUCAGCGAUGUCUCAGCUGCUGCAGCUGAAAGAGCGAGAGAAAAACGCUGCCAGGGACUCAUGGCAGAGGAAAGUGGAGGACCUCCUGGACCAGCGGCAGUCUCUGGGGGAGGCAUUACAUAAGUCUAUCAGCAAUAUUUCCCUGCUGAAGCAAAAUCUGGAGAUGCAGCUGUCCCAGUCUCAGACUUCCUUGCAGCACCUGCAAGCCCAGUUUACCCAGGAACGCCAGCGGCUUACACAGGAGCUUGAGGAACUAGAGGAACAACACCAGCAAAGACACAAAUCCUUGAAAGAAGCACACGUCCUUGCAUUUCAGACCAUGGAGGAGGAAAAGGAAAAGGAACAGAGGGCCCUCGAAACCCACUUGCAGCAGAAGCACUCUGCAGAGCUGCAGGCCCUGAAGGAUGCACACCGCGAGUCCAUGGAGGGCUUCCGGGCAGAGAUGGAACAGGAGCUGCAGACCCUGCGCUUUGAGCUGGAAGACGAGGGGAAGGCCAUGCUUGCUUCCUUACGCUCAGAACUGAACCAGCAGCACGCAGCUGCUGUUGACUUGUUGUGCCACAACCACCAGCAGGAGCUGGCAGCCGCCAGGAUGGAGUUAGAGAGGAGCGUGGACGUCGGCAGGAGACAGAGUAAAGAGCAUAUGUGCAGGAUAACAGAUCUGCAAGAGGAGUUACGUCUCAGAGAGCACCACAUUUGUGACCUGGACAAGGAGCUACAGCACCUUCGUGAGAACAUCAGCGCCCUCACCACAGAGCUGGAGUUCAGGGAGAAAGAGAUCCUGAAGAUACGAAGUGAAUCCAACCAACAGAUGAGGUUGCAUGAACAAGAUUUAAACAAGAGACUUGAAAAAGAGCUGGAUGUCAUGACAGCAGACCACCUCAGAGAGAAAAAUAUCAUGCGGGCAGAUUUUAAUAAGACUAAUGAGCUCCUCAAGGAAAUAAAUGCAGCUUUACAAGUGUCACUAGAAGAAAUGGAAGAAAAAUAUCUAAAGAGAGAAUCAAAACCGGAAGAUAUGCAGAUGAUUGCAGAAUUAAAAGCCAUGCUUACAGAAAGAGACCAGGUCAUAAAGAAACUAAUCGAGGAUAAUAAAUUUUAUCAACUGGAAUUAAUCAAUCGAGAAACUAACUUCAACAAAGUGUUUAACUCAAGUCCUUCUGUUGGUGUCCUUAAUCCACUGGCCAAGCAAAAGAAGAAGAAUGAUAAAUCACCAACAAACAGGUUUGUGAGUGUUCCCAAUCUAAGUGCUCUGGAAUCUGGCGGAGUGGGCAAUGGACAUCCUAACCGCCUGGACCCCAUUCCCAAUUCUCCAGUCCACGAUGUUGCAUUCAACAGCAGCAAACCACUUCCACAGCCACUGCCACCCAAAGAGUCCAAGACAUUUUUGAGUCCUCCUCAGGGCGAAGCUUCCCCGGCGGCUUCUCCAGAUCCCCAGCGCCAGGAAUGGUUUGCCCGAUAUUUCACGUUCUGAAGGAACUAUGUGGGCCCCGCACUGUGUGCACUGUUCCUAAGAGCACGAGCAGGCUUUCCUGUGACAGACACUGGGAAGGAGCAAGGAUC